CAGUGGUUUGGGACACGUGCUGGGCAGAAAAAUGAUGGUCCGAGCGAGUUCCUUGUUGGCUAGCUGCGUGCUCUUCGCGCUGCUUCUAGUCCUACCCGCAGCGGCUUACCCCAGGUAUUCAAACAACUACUACCGUGACGAGGGUACGUAUGAACCAGAAGAAAUCAUGGACAUGAUGAACCGCCUCAGAAACCUCAUUCAGAUGGAACGAAAAAUGGAAAACUUUAGAGAUGGCAUUUCUAGCUUUAAUGAUGCCAUUACUAGUGAAAAACGUGCUCUCGAUCUUGGUCUCAGCCGUGGUUACUCCGGUGCCCUCCAAGCCAAGCAUCUGAUGGGACUGGCCGCUGCCAACUUCGCUGGUGGCCCCGGCAGGAGGCGACGGGACGGGUUCUAAAGUCUACAAUUUAAUUAGAGGCAUCCUUCAAUCAUUAUGUAGUAUCGGCUUAAAAAAAAGCAGUAAAUGCCUCAUAUCAUCACCUUUUGGCUGGUUAAAUGUACAUCCUUGCAGCGAGCAAUAUUGUUUAUUAAUUGCUAAAAAAGAUGGCCUUUUUUUAGAUGCUUUUUAAGCGAUUUCCUCAAUUUUUUUCAUGUAACAUCAUGUUAUAAAUUUUAUUACAAUUGUCUGAUUUUGUUAAGCAUUACUAUAUAACAUUUUAAAUGUCCUACCAAUUACUUUAAUAGAUCUCAUAUUAUUUGACUGAUUUUCUUUUAAAUAUAUGACUGAUUUAAUUAUUAUAUUAAAAGUCUGACUUUAUACGCCAAAAACAUCAAACCCAUUGUCGACAUAUAAAUAAUGAUAUAUUUUUCUUAAUAUAAGACGCUUAUAAAUAAGUAAUUAAAUUCUUUCUUAAAUAGUAUCAGUAUUUAGAUAACAGUAUUAAAAUUAAAUACACCAUGCAUAUUAUAAAAUUGUCAUAAGGAACGACGUAAAAUAUCAACGCUUAAAAUGGAAUUAGAUUGUACCUAAUGAUCAGCUAUCCGUUCAUAAAUAAAUGUCUAUAGACAGUGUUAAUAUUUCUAUGAAUGUAUGUGAAAUUUAUCUAGUCUAUAGUGAAAUAAGUGAAAAGAUACCUCCUGUCUAGAGUUUAUUGUUAAAAAUAAAGAGAUAUUCAUAUUAA